AUGAACUUUGCUGGUCCUGUGGGUGGACAACCUCGGACCAACUCAACUCUACCUUCGCGUCCCGAACCACUCGACGACUGUGUUAUCGGCAACUGUGCUGUCAUUCGACCAAAGUGUAAACAAAUUGGGUCCACGACAGAGAAAUGGUUUGAGAAUAUAGCAGCAAAGAUACGAGUAGGGCUCUCGAAGAUCCACAAAACGAAAGACCCGGUGGUCAUUGAAGAGGAGCUUCAGAAGUUGAAGGACAAUUUUCCGGAUCCGGAACCAUACGUUCUCUGUCAUGGAGAUUUGAGCUUUGAAAAUAUCAUGGUCAAUGAAGAUAACAAGAUAACAGAAAUCAUUGAUUGGGAACAUCCCGGGUACUAUCCUUGGUGGGCAGAACGUUGGGCUCAUAGAUGUCUCACACUGGACGGGAGCGAUCACUUGAUAGAACCACUCUGGUCACGACUUUCUCCAGAUAUGGAAACUGAGAAGUACCAAUCCCGAGUCACCGAUCAUGUUUUACCCGUCAUUGAAGUCUAUGAAGUUUGUCAUGUAACGUACCAUAAUUACGGCAAUUGGUGGCUUCGGCCAGCCUUCUCCAAGUGCGAACCGUGGGCCGGAGGGUUCUUGAUGGAUGCUAUGGGCGGGGAGCAAGGGAGAAUUCAUCAGAUAGACAAACAUCAGUAG